UUGUGAUUUGUGAAAUAGUUGUAUAUAAACAUGUAAUUAGUUUCUCUUAUCCUAUACUUAAGAACUACCAUGGCUUGUUUCUCCUACCACCACCUCCUCAUAUUUUCUCUCCUCUCCCUCACCUCCGCCGCCCCCUCGUUCCGGCCAAAAGCUUUAGUUCUUCCUAUCCUACGAGACCCCUCUACAUUUCAAUACACAAUAAAACUGAAUGAAAGAACUCCGUCAGUCUCUGUUCCUUUGACCCUCCACCUUGGCGGCCAAUCCCAGUGGGUUAACUGCGACCGAAAGUACGUCUCCUCCACGUACCGACCUGCUAUUUGCAAUUCUGCUGAAUGUUCACUGGCCAACUCACAGUCAUGUGGCACGUGCAACUCACCCCCUAAACCCGGGUGCAACAACAACACAUGCGGCCUCUUUCCUGAAAAUCCCUUCACUAACACCGCCACUGGAGGCGAGGUCGCCUCUGAUGUGGUCAGACUCUCCUCCACCGAUGGGACAAACCCAGGUCGUGUCGUUUCUGUGCCAAACUUUCUCUUCACUUGCGGGCCCACCUCGUUAGUAAAAGGCCUUGCAAAAGGAGUCCAUGGGAUUGCUGGGUUAGGGAGGACUAAAAUCUCUCUUCCCUCUCAGUUUUUCUCAGCUUUUGGUUUGGCUAGAAAAUUUGCAAUCUGCUUAAGUAGUGGAAAGGGUGUCAUGUUUUUUGGGGAUGGACCUUACAAGCUCCUCCCUAGCGCGGAAUUAUCUUCGGAGUAUCUUGGCUUCACACCUUUGUUAAUCAACCCUGUAAGUACUGCGGCCACCUCAUUCGCAGGUGAGCCAUCAUCUGAGUACUUCAUUGGGGUAACCGGUAUUACAAUUGCCGACAAACAAGUACCAUUGGAUCGGAAAAACAAGGCCUUAUUAUCCAUAGAUAGCAAAGGGAACGGUGGGACAAAAAUUAGUACAAUUCACCGGUACACUGUUAUGCAUUCUUCUAUCUACAAGGCUGUGACAGAUUUUUUCAUCAACUACAUCAAUGUCAAUUACAAGCAAGUCGUAAGAGUUAAGGCAGUCGCUCCAUUCCAAGUUUGCUACAAUAGUAGUACGUUACAUUUAUCAAGCACCAGAGUUGGGGCGGGUGUACCCGCCAUUGAUCUAGUGAUGCAGAAUAAGGUUCACUGGACUUUAUUCGGGGCCAACUCGAUGGUAUCUGUGAAUAAUGAUCAAGUUUUAUGUCUUGGUUUUGUGGAUGGUGGAGCGAAUGCAAGGACAGCAAUUGUUUUAGGAGGGUAUCAACUGGAAGACACUUUGCUGCAGUUUGAUCUUGAUGGGUCUAAGGUUGGGUUUAGUUCUUCCUUGCUGUUUCAGCGGACUACAUGUGCCAAUUUCAACUUCACAUCUACUGCAUGAUUGAUUAACGUACAUCUAUGUAAUCGAGAGCGAGUCAUGUACUAAGAUUAAAAUAUGAGGUUUGUUUGAAUUGUAUCAAUAAAAUACAUGAUUCUCUACAAAGUUGACGAUCAUGUAUAAUACCAUUUCCAUGAUAUAAA